CCUGGGACAGCGCCCGGAGAGAAUCGCGCUCUUAGGUCUUGUCUCCUGCAACAUGACCUAGAGGUCCUUGUGCAUGCAAGUGUCCACAGCUGCUGCCUCCAGGACAGCCACCAUGAGCAAGGCGGCUGACGCGGACGAGCUCAGCCUGAUGCCGGGCCUUCUGGAGGCGGCCAACACGAGUGGCAACGCGUCGGUGCAGCGCCAGGAUUUGUGGUGGGAGCUGGGGCUGGAGCUGCCUGACGGCGCGGCCCCAGGGCAUCCCCCGGGCGGCAGCGGCGCCGAGAGCGCGGACACCGAGGCUCGCGUGCGGAUCCUCGUCAGCGUGGUGUACUGGGUGGUCUGCGCGCUGGGGCUGGCGGGCAACCUGCUGGUGCUCUACCUGAUGAAGACCAAGCAGGGCUGGCGCAAGUCCUCCAUCAACCUCUUCGUCACCAACCUGGCGCUGACGGACUUCCAGUUCGUUCUUACCCUGCCCUUUUGGGCGGUGGAGAACGCGCUCGACUUCAAAUGGCCUUUCGGCAAGGCCAUGUGUAAGAUAGUGUCCGUCGUGACGUCCAUGAACAUGUACGCCAGCGUCUUCUUCCUCACUGCCAUGAGCGUGGCGCGCUACCGUUCGGUGGCUUCGGCUCUUAAGAGCCACCGGACCCGAGGGCACGGCCGGGGCGAUUGCUGCGGCCACAGCCUGGGGGACAGUUGCUGCUUCUCCGCCAAGGCCCUGUGCGCGUUGAUCUGGGCGUCGGCCGCGCUGGCUUCGCUGCCCACUGCCAUUUUCUCCACCACGAUCAAGGUGGUGGGCGAGGAGUUGUGCUUGGUGCGCUUCCCGGACAAGUUGCUGGGAGGCGACAGGCAGUUCUGGCUGGGCCUCUACCACUCGCAGAAGGUACUGCUAGGCUUCCUGCUGCCGCUGGCCAUCAUCAGCCUGUGCUACCUGCUGCUGGUGCGCUUCAUUUCCGACCGCCGCGUGGCUGGGGCAGACGGGGCGGGGGGGGGGGCCUUGACUGGAGCCAGCGCCCGCAGGCGGUCCAAGGUCACCAAAUCGGUGACCAUUGUGGUCCUCUCCUUCUUCCUGUGUUGGCUGCCCAACCAGGCGCUCACCACCUGGAGCAUCCUCAUCAAGUUCAACGCGGUGCCCUUCAGCCAAGAAUACUUCCUGUGCCAGGUGUACGCCUUCCCGGUGAGCGUGUGCCUGGCGCACUCCAACAGCUGCCUCAACCCCAUCCUCUACUGCCUCGUGCGCCGGGAGUUCCGCAAGGCGCUCAAAAGUCUGCUGUGGCGCAUCGCGUCGCCCUCGCUCACCAGUAUGCGCCCCUUCACGGCCACCACCAAGCCGGAGCCAGAAGAUCAGGGACUUCAGGCCCUGGCGCCUCUGCAAGCGGCUGCCGAGCCCGACCUGCUCUCCUACCCGCCCGGCGUGGUGGUCUACAGCGGGGGGCGCUACGACCGUCUGCCCAGCAGCUCCGCCUACUGACGCCGGCGGAGGGCCAGGGCGUGCUCCAGUGGCAGCCAGUUGGUCUUCCCAGGGCGGGGAAAGAGAACUGAUUAGGGGGAGGUGGGGGACCCCAGAACAAGAAGUAGGUGGGCCAAGGGUGGGGAGAAGUCUGGAGAAGCGGCCUGUGAAAGGCCGAAGGGCCUUCUCCGCAGAAGGUAGGCUGAGAAAUCCGGUGAAGAGAGGAACGUGGCAAAGGGGCAGAGGUCAGCCCCACAGAGCCAGGUCACCAGCCUCUGCUUUCAUCCCUACCCUUUCCGUACUCUGUCCACUCUGGGCCUGUGGGGACGCCCCAAAGCGGAGGGAGUUAUCAGAAAUACCGGGAAAAAAAUGGGUUGCACGAGAGAGGGGUUCUGUCAAAGGAGGCUCACUUGAGCGCUUUUAUCUCAGCGACUUCUAUGGAGCCCUUGCCCAGGGAAUUCACGGUGCAUCUAGACAGAGGAGUCUCCCUCCAAACUCCCUUUGCACCUUGUCUGGUGAAGCCAUCUCAGUAGGACGGUUCGACGUGUGCAUGGCUGCCUUGGGAGCCUAGAGUUUGGAGGCCAGAAACCGUUCCAGAAUUGGGAGAAAGCAGUGACCAUCUUGGGCCACCCGUGGGAGAAACAGAGGGGAGAGGCAGCCCAAUCUCAGAGUGGCGUUUAAUCUCUGCGAAGUCGGCUCACUAAUUAUAUGCUCCACUUAGCAAAGCCCUGCUUUGGGCGCAGUGUCUGCUCUGGAGUGAGCCAUUGAAUCCUUUAUCACCCCGGAAAGGGCUAACAGGCACACACUGAACUCUACUGUGCUUUAAGCUCAGGUGUCACCAAGGGCAAAACACUUGUCACCAGCAAGGGAGAGUGGUUCUCUGGGGACUAGGGGGAGUGGGGGAGCGUUGCAGAGGGAGGGAGAAGACGUGGUGUGAUUAGAGAGGCUAAAGAGAAAAACCUCUCUAAAG